UCCCCUUCUGUCAGCACACCAGUCACCAUGGUGGCACACAACACAGACCCGUUGCGGCGGAUUUCUCGUCACUUUUGAAAACCUUCAAAAUGUUUGAUAAAUAACUGCUGACACUGACUCGCGAAAGAAAACACCAUCAUCGAAAAUGGACACUCGCUGGAAACUGCGCAUACUUUCUUCCUGUACAAAAGGGGAUUUGGAACGAGUAUAGGCAAAGAAAGGGCAGACUGCUGAAGAAUGCCGUUUCCUCCCCCGACACCGCUUAAAUAAAGGGACGAUUUCUCCAGAAACGCGCCGAGCAGACGAUCAGAAAUCUCCUCCGUCAGCACAGAGAAGGAUUCACACAGCCCGACUCCACGCAGGCUUUGGCGAGAGGAAACCGUGCACAUCCUGCGGGCUCGGAGCGGGGACGCAAAGAAACCCCGCGGCUUACCCUGUGGCCUGGGGGACUAAGCUAAGCCUCGACUGAUGGGCCACUGAAGUAGCGCGCAGUUGCCUAAAUAUUGUGUCGUUCGCUGAAAACACUGUAGAGAUUCGAAAGUUAAACGGUUGGAUUUACGUUUUCACCUGUGUUGUGGCUGUUUUCCACACAAUGGCGUCUUACGUGGAUAACCGCUUUCGACAGGCGGUGAUGAUGAACCCGGCUGAGAGAACGCAACAGGAUCUGGAGAUUGUGUACUCAUAUCUUCAUGGGAUGGAGGCGUUGUCAAAUCUCAGAGAGCACCAGCUCAGGAUCAUGUGUGAAACGGUCCGCUAUGAGAGGCAUGAAGCCAAUGAGGUCCUGUACUACCCUGAUGAUGUGGGGAGCUGCUGGUACAUCCUGCUCUCCGGGUCAGUCUUCAUCAAGGAGUCCAUGUUCCUACCCAGGAGCAGCUUUGGCAAGCGGUCGGCCGGUAGCCUGCGCCGAGGAUGUGAGUGCAUCGUUCUGGAACCCUCUGAGAUGAUUGUGGUGGACUAUAUGGACGAGAAUGAGGAGUAUUUCCAGAGGCAGGCUUCUCACAGGCAGUCCCGCCGGCGCUUCCGCAAGAUCAACCAGCAGGGAGAGAGGCAGACCAUCAUCGAUACCGUGGACCCCUAUCCAGCAGGGAAGCCCCCCAUAGCACGCGCAUGCCACACGGAAUGCCCUAAACCACAGCUCCCUGCGGACUUUAGCAGAUUGCACCUGGCUGACGGUCUCCAUCCCCAGGUGACGCACGUAAGCUCCAGCCAAUCAGGAUGUAGCAUCACCAGUGAUUCUGGAAGCAGUAGCCUGUCCGACAUCUACCAGGCGACGGAGAGUGAGCCGGGCGACAUGGACCUGAGUGGGCUGCCGGAGACGGCAGUGGACUCGGAGGAAGACGAUGAUGAGGAAGAUAUCGAGCGCGCCUCCGACCCCCUCAUGAGCCGAGACAUCGUCCGUGACUGCCUGGAGAAGGAUCCCAUGGACCGCACGGACGACGACAUCGAACAACUGCUGGAGUUUAUGCACCAGCUCCCAGCCUUCGCCAACAUGACCAUGUCCGUCAGACGGGAGCUGUGUGCCGUCAUGGUGUUCGCCGUGGUGGAAAGGGCCGGCACCAUCGUCCUCAAUGACGGAGAGGAGCUGGACUCGUGGUCGGUGAUCCUGAAUGGCUCAGUGGAGGUGACCUAUCCGGAGGGCCGAGCGGAGAUGCUGUGCAUGGGCAACAGCUUUGGCGUCUCCCCCACGAUGGACAAGGAGUACAUGAAGGGUAUCAUGAAGACUAAGGUGGACGACUGCCAGUUCGUGUGCAUAGCCCAGCAGGACUAUUGCUGCAUCCUGAACCAGGUGGAGAAGAACAUGCAGAAGGUAGAGGAGGAGGGGGAGAUCGUCAUGGUGAAGGAGCACCGCGAGCUGGACAGAACUGGAACCAGGAAGGGACACAUUGUCAUCAAGGGCACGACGGAGCGCUUGACCAUGCACCUGGUGGAGGAGCACUCGGUGGUGGACCCCACCUACAUUGAGGACUUCCUGCUGACCUACCGCACCUUCCUGUCCAGCCCCAUGGUGGUUGGCGAGAAGCUCCUGGAGUGGUUCCACGACCCAAGCCUCAGGGAUAAGGUUACACGGGUAGUGUUGCUGUGGGUGAACAAUCAUUUCAAUGACUUUGAGGGUGACCCUGCCAUGACCCACUUUCUGGAAGAGUUUGAGAACAAUCUAGAAAGAGAGAAAAUGUGCGGGCACUUACGACUGUUAAACAUCGCCUGCGCAGCCAAAGCCAAGCUGCGGGUGGUGACGCUGACCAAGGCGUCACGGGACACGCCGCUAGCCUUCACACUGCUGGGCGGCGCGGAGAAGGGCGUCCGCAUCUUCAUCGACAGCGUCGAGCCCGGCAGCAAGGCCGCAGAGGCUGGCCUCAAGAGAGGAGACCAGAUUCUGGAGGUAAACGGACAGAACUUUGAGAAUGUUCAACUGUCCAAAGCCAACGAGAUCCUACGGAACAACACUCACCUGUCUAUUACUGUGAAAACCAACCUGCUGGUGUUCAAAGAGCUGCUGGCUCGACCGGACCAGGACCACGAGCACGACCCUGAGGACGAGCUGGACCGCAAGAACGGCGCCCCGCACAUCCCCAAGAUCGGCGACAUGAAGAAGGCGAGCCGCUACUCGAUCCCGGACCUGGCGGUGGACGUGGAGCAGGCCAUGGGGCUGGAGAAGGUCAGCAAGAAGGCCAAGGCCAACACUGUGGGAGGCCGCAACAAGCUCAAGAAGAUCUUCGACAAGACGCUCACCAGCAUCCUGCCCCCCAAGCCCUACAAUGAUGUGGGCGUGGGUCAAUCUCAGGAUGACAGCAUCGUGGGGCUGAAGCAGUCCAAGCAGAUUCCUCCUGCGCUGCCCGUCAGUGGGAACCUCUCGUCCAGCAACCCCGACCUGCUGCAGUCCCACCACCGCAUCCUCGACUUCAACAACCAGCCAGAGGCUGCUGCAGCAAACAUGUCGGACCAGGUGCUGCGUGUGUUUAAGGCGGACCAGCAGAGUCGCUACAUCAUGAUCAGCAAGGACACGACGGCUAAGGAGGUGGUGGCUCAGGCCAUCCGGGAGUUCGCGCUCACCGCCGCCGCAGAAGCCUAUUCGCUGUGCGAGGUGUCCGUCACCCCCGAGGGUGUGAUCAAGCAGAGGCGCCUCCCAGAGCAGCUCUCCAAACUGGCCGACAGGAUCCAGCUCAGUGGCAGGUACUACCUGAAGAGCAACAUGGAGACGGAGACGCUGUGCUCGGACGAGGAUGCCCAGGAGCUGUUGCGUGAGGGUCAGAUCGGUCUGCUGCAGCUCAGCACGGUGGAGGUGGCCACUCAGCUGUCCAUGCGCGCGUUCCAGCUCUUCUGCGCCAUCGAGCCCACCGAGUACAUCGACGACCUCUUCAAGCUCCGCCGGCCCGGCCUGCCAGCUGCCGCCGCUACCACGGGAACCGCCGAGCCGCCCGUGUCCAGCCUAAAGCGCUUCGAGGAGGCCAUCAACCGCGAGACCUUCUGGGUGACGUCCGAGGUGGUGCGGGAGCCCAACCAGCUGAAGAGGAUGAAGAUCGUCAAGCACUUCAUCAAGAUCGCCCUGCACUGUCGCGAGUGCAAGAACUUCAACUCCAUGUUCGCCAUCAUCAGUGGGUUGAACCUGGCGCCCGUCUCACGGCUGAGGGGGACGUGGGAGAAGCUGCCCAGUAAGUACGAGAAGCUGUUCAGCGACCUGCAGGACCUGUUCGACCCGUCCAGAAACAUGGCCAAGUACCGCAACGUACUCAACAACCAGAACCUGCAGCCGCCAAUCAUCCCCCUCUUCCCCGUCAUCAAAAAGGACCUCACCUUCCUGCACGAGGGUAACGACUCUAAGGUGGAUGGCCUUGUGAACUUUGAGAAGCUACGGAUGAUCGCCAAGGAGAUCCGUCACGUUGGACGCAUGGCCGCCGUCAACAUGGACCCUGCACUCAUGUUCCGCACCAGGAAGAAGAAGUGGCGCAGUCUAGGAUCGUUAAGUCAGGGCAGUGCCAACGCGGCGGUCCUGGACGUGACGCAGACGGGCGGGCACAAGAAGCGUGUGCGCCGGAGCUCCUUCCUCAACGCCAAGAAGCUGUACGAGGACGCGCAGAUGGCCCGCAAGGUCAAGCAGUACCUGUCCAACCUCACGCUGGACACUAACGAGGAGAACCUGCAGACGCUCUCGCUGCAGUGCGAGCCCAGCGUCAACACACUGCCGAAGAGCGCGGGCGAGAAGCGGCGUCCAGAUACGUCUCCGGUGGUGUCGCGCGCCAUACACGCCCGCCCCGCGCCACUCAAAGCCAACCAGGCACUCACGGUGCCCGCCGUCGCCCUCUACCCCUCACGCAAGAAGGUGCCCGUCAAGGACCUGCCCCCAUUCGGCACGAGUUCUCCGCAGUCGUUGAAGAAGAUUCUGUCCCUGUCCGAGGAGUCCAGCGACAGACACCGCCGGCCCGCGGAGGACACCGUGUCCAACGCCUCCUCCCAGAUGUCCUCUCCCCCCACCUCGCCACACAGCUCACCCAAGAAAGGUUACGGCCGGGCUGGGGAUAACCUGUCGGACUCGGGCCAUAGUGAGAUCUCGUCGCGGUCCAGCCUGGUGAGCACGUCCUCUCUGGACAUGCCCCACGACGACCGCCGCCUGCGUCACGGGGGCCCGGACACACACCUGGGGCCACGUCUGGAGCGCAGGGCCACCACAGACCCUGACCAGUACAGCCUGGGGUCGUACUCAUCCAUGCAGGACUGCCGUGCUCUGUACGCGGGUGCGACGGUGCUGUCCUCUCCCAGCUCGGAGGAGCUGACGCAGGACCAGGGCGACCGCGUGUCAUUGGAUGCUGCCGACAGUGGCCGGGGCAGCUGGACGUCUUGUUCCAGCGGUUCCCAUGACAACAUCCAGACGAUGCAGCAGGGCCGCAGUUGGGAGACGCUGGCGGAGGGGGCGGGGCUGUGGGCGGGGCGUGGCAGCUGGGCGUCGUCGGCUGGCUCCUCCUCCUCGUCCUCGGUGGCGUGCUGGGGGGAGGAGCCGGAGGGCGACACGGGCACCAUCAAGCGCCGUGGCGGGAAGGACGUCAGUGGCGACGCCGACUCCAGCAGCAUCACCUCCACCGGCUCCGAGGAGUCCAAGCAGGCCAGCCGCCGCCCGUCCCCCAUCACCGUCGGCAACACCAAGGCUGUCGUCACGCGUAAGGAGGGGCGGUAUCGUGACCCCCCUCCCACGCCACCCGGGUACACGGGCCUCACCCUCUCAGAUGUGACGAUGGAGGGCAGCGUGCCCGCACACGCACACACACUCACACACGGCGGGCGCCGGCCACCGGACUACACCACCGCGCUGCAGCGCUCCCGGCUCGUCACACACUCGCCGGACUCCCAGCAAGCUCUCGCUGCUUCAGCCGACACACACACACGACACACACACUCCCAGGACGGAGGGGAGGAGGAGGAGGAGGAGGAGGAGGAAGAGGAGGAGGACGAGCAGGUGUCUGCAGUGUGAGUGUGAGUAUGUGUGUGUGUGUGAGGGCAGUCCUGACGUGGAUUUCAGCAGACAGACAUUGAGCCACGCCCAGCGGUGCUGCCUGCCGUUUCCUGAUUGGUGGAUCCAUCUGUCUUCUCUGCCUUAAAGCACUGGGGGGGGGGGGGGGGGUUACCCCGGUUACCCCGGUUACCCCGCCCUGCGCCGUACUGUGAAGGACUGGAGGGGGAGGGACUUAGAGAAGAGACUGGGAUCUCAAACUCAAUGCCUGCACUUUGGAACAUAUGACAAGACUACAAAAACAAUUUCACUUUGACACACACACACACAUACACAGAGCGCGGUGCGACAUUCAUGUUUGAAUAAUAAAUUUGAAGAAAAACUGCGAACUUCUGUUGUCCGGACAACAGCAUUCCUGAGGCCACACCCACUCUGGAGUCAUCCAUCAUCUGCACUUUUUAAACUGUUUUAUAUCGAACAACACACACACACACACACACACACAUGCACACACACUGAAAUUCCAGCUCACCCACUGGACAGGGGGUGUGACAUCACUCCACACCAACCUUCAUCAUCAUCAUCAUCAUCAUUAUUAUCGUAGUGUCAUCAUAUCAGUGACGGCCUGGAGAGCCAUCAACAGAGCGUUUUCAUUGGCCACUGCUGCUACCUGACCAUGCUCACCAUUGGAGCAGGUCCGUGGGCGGGGCUUCCUGGUGUCCAAUCAUGCACUCUGUUUGGGUCAGGGGUGGCGUGGGAGGGUCCGCACACUAGCAGCAACUCCUAACUCCUCCACACGCUGGGAAGUGCCUCUGUCAAGAACACGCCCUUUCUCCAUCCUCAGCACACACACUCCAUCCCUGACACACACACACUCCAUCCCUGACAGACACACACACUCCAUCCUCGACACACACACACUCCAUCCUCAGCACACACACUCCAUCCCCGACACACACACUGAUUCCAGAGCUGACAGGACUGGACGGACAUGUCCAGUGUGAUCCCAACAAACGGUGCCUGAGGCGCAGGAGGCCCUCUGAUAUCUGGCUAACAGGCUAGCAGCCUAGCCAGCAGUGUACAAGCUAAGUGACUAUCUGCUGGCCAGCUAGCAUGGGAAUAAGAGCUAACCGGCUAAUUGGAGGGCCAGCUAGCAUGGUAAUAAGAGCUAACCGGUUAACUGGAGGGCCAGCUAGCAUGGGAAUAAGAAGCUAACUGGGGUAGCUGGAAGUGGAGUACCACCAAUCAGGCUAACUGCAGAAAAUAGCAGGGGGGGGGGGGGGGUUUGGGGGGCAUAACUUGCUAACAGCACAGCAAAAUUAGCAGGAGUGUGCUAGCAAGCCUAUGAGCUAGAAAGCUAACUUCACAACAGAGUUACUGGGAGUGGGUCUUGGAUCUAACAGGCUAACUGCACAGCAAAGUUAGUGGGAGUGGGACUAAGAGCUAAAUGGCUAGCAGGCUAACUGCAUAGCAACGUUAGUGGGAGUGGGACUAAGAGCUAAAUGGCUAGCAGGAUAACUGUAGGAUGCCAUAGGUGGCGUUUAGCCCAGGGGCAUGUUGCAUGGUGAGGGCAGGCGCCACUGGAGCGGGGCACUCGGGGGAGCGGAGUAUGACUCAGAGGGUGGGGCAGAGGAGUAUCUGAGGGGGCAGAGGGGCAUCUGAGGGGUAAAGUAUCAGAGGGAUGUACUUCCAUCAGGUGUGUGAACACACACUUCUUAAUCACAUGAAGGGUUUAUAAUCUCCUCACUAGAUCAACAGUGGAGUCCUACAGGAGCGAGUGUGUGUGUGUGUGUGUGUGUGUGGGGGGGUAUCUGCUCAUAUUUAUCUGAAACUGAUGGCUGCGUGUGUGUGUGUGUGUGUCCGUGUCUCCAUCCACGCACUGACUUUUACUGGAACUGAAGGAGGGUGUGUCCACUGAACAAAUCCACAUUUCCCUCUCUGCUGCUGGAGAACCUGGACUGACUGCGCUCUCUGGAGGGUUCCAGACACGUUCUAGACUGGAUUCUGGAGGGUUCCAGAUGCUUUCUAGACUGUUUUGUAUUUGUUUGAUGGGUUGUUUUUAUUCAUGUGGAGGUGGUUGGGGAGGGCAGAGGUGGAGACGUCCCUGCAGACUCUGGCCCAGAUGUGGCCCAGACAAGCCCCCCCACACCUCCUCUUCUUUUGUCACUAUGGUAACGCUGAUCACAUUGAUCAGCCUGUAGAGAAAAAAAAAGAAAAUCCGACUUUUGUGAACUGAGUUAGAAAACCUUGUAGUUACAGUGUUCUCCAUGGAAUCUCUGUGACAUCACUUCCUGUGUGGUUUUGUUUCUGGUUUGCUUCCUGUCUUUGUUCGAUGUGAAGGCUGCAGGUUGCAGGCCUCUAUGGCUCACGGUCCUCACACACACACACACACACACACACACACACACACAAAACGUUGCACAACCCUGUACAAGCAGAAGAGUAAAGGUAGUAGGUAGCUUGGCUACACCACGUGAUGUGUGAUGUCAUGUGUGAUGUCAUGUGAGAAGUGCUUAUUUAGCUGGUGAAAAUCUUCAUUCUCCUCCUGAUACUUUUACCUGUACGUCUUUUAAAAAGACAAUUGGUGGAGUAUGUAUUGGCUGUUAUUUUUUUUUCUUUUGUUUUCUUUUUUUGUAUUUUUAAUACAAUAAUUGUACAUAUUGGUUAUAUUUUUGUUGACUUGUAGAAAUUGUACUAUGUUUAUGCCUCAACGUCCAGUUGAUAUGAAGCUGGAGGAUGAAUAAAUACGAUGACCGGAAACGAGUCCUAGGUUUAAAAAUGCACUUACUCUCUUCAGAUCUUCUUGCCCCUUUUGAAUACUGUCUCGUCGACUGACGUCUGGCACCAUCUAGUGUUUGCACAAGAUAAGACAUGGAAGUAACUUGAAAUGUGUAACUCUCUCGUACUUUUUUUUAACUGACAAGUGUAUGUCAGAACAAAUAAAAAAGACAACUGUC